UUUGACAUUUUUAUUUCUACUCUACACAUCGACAUUUUUCACUAACUAAUCACUUUUCUUUACAUUGAUAUCUUAGCAUUUCGAUAAUCUUAAAGAAAUUCGAUUAAUUCAUUGGAAACAUACUCAAUUAGCUUGAUUGAAUGUGAUUCCACCGUUGUGACCUCUUGUAUUGUUAAGAAUUGUUCUCUUCAUGGUUGUAGUUCAAUUAUUUUUAAAGUCAUUAGUUUAUUAGAUGUUGUGGGUGAUACUACUUGUUGCUCCAUUCUGCGCUCUGCCAAUGAGAGAACAGAACUGGAACUCAGAGACAGAAUACAUGUUGCCGUUCUCGCGUGUAAAUUAUGAGCCAUCUUGGUGUCGUAUGGCAGCGACAGAACAUUCACGUAUGGGUACUAACUCCUGGGAACCUGAGAAUCGGAAACGGAUGUUCGUUCUGGGUAUGGGUUUUGUCGGCCACUUCUUUGCUCAGCAGCUCAAGAGCCAAGGAUGUUUUUUGAAGUGGAUUAUCAGGGAUGUGUCUGGUACUUGCUCAAGCACUAUGAAGAAGAAGAAGCUUGAAGACUUGGGAUUUGAUAAUGAUAUUUACCAUUUUGACGCAAAUGAGCCAGAAUGGAGCAUCCUAGAUGUUCUUAAUAGUCACACGCACCUACUUGUUUCAAUCCCUCCUUUUGUGGAUAUUGGUGACCCGAUGCUUCAGCAUGAAGAACUCUUAAAGAAACGACUUAUGGAUGGAAAUCUUCAGUGGCUUUGUUAUUUGUCAUCAACAAGUCUAUAUGGAAAUUGUUGUGGUGAAUGGGUAGACGAAGAAUAUCCUGCUAGCCCAACAGGUGAGUUGGCUAAGCUGAGGCUAGCUGCUGAGAAGAGAUGGUUAGAUCUUGGCCAUAAUAUUGGGAUCAAAGUGCAUGUAUUUCGGCUAGGAGGUAUCUAUGGUCCUGGUAGAAGUGCUGUUGAUACGAUAAUCAAACAGGAGGACUUGUCAGCAGGUCAGAGAAGGAGAACACAUAAGUUAUACACAUCAAGAGUUCAUGUUGAGGACAUUUGUCAAGCUCUUAAGGCCAGUACUUUAGCCUUUUUUCCUGGGAAAGUGUUUAACAUCGUCGAUGAUGACCCAGCUCCCAGGGAAGAAGUAUUUGCAUAUGCAAAGUACUUGAUUGAGAGGAAAUGGCCUGGUCAGAUCAAAUGGUCUGCUGAGGAAGAAGAGGCUUUAGUCAGAGUUAAGAAAGAAAGUUUAUUUGGGGAGAAGCGAGUUUCCAAUGUGCGUAUGAAGAAGGAACUCGGAGUAAAGCUUCUCUAUCCAAGUUACAGGUCUGGGUUGCAGAGCAUUAUUGACCAAAUGGAGAACCCUUUUUAACACAGGUUUAGAUAAUGCUGGAAUAUGUAAAUUGGAUCAACUUUUUGUUAUUCUUCAUGUUCAAGGAUGAAACUAAAAAAUACAUUGCAUAAAGAAGUUAGGGACUUGGAAAUUUUCAUUUCAUUAUGUAGAGGUCUAGACAAAAAACGACAAUUAAAAUAUUAAUACAAUUACAAAUGACAUAUAUUUGUCAAGAAUUCUAGAAACAAUUUGAAGAAAAAACGAUAGUGACAAUAUGAAAUACAAUGUAGGAAAUGUUUAACAUUUCUAUUUCUUCGUGGUA